AUGAUGGCUACGAAUCCGCCAGUUUCUUGUGCAUCGACUGUUGUGGACGAGAAGAUGUCAGAUCCGAUCGAGAAAACGCCAUACGAGCAGAAUGACGGGGACGACGGCCACCCCCCUUUCCUCGAUCGAGUUGGCAGCCAGAACAAUGAGACCGAUGCGAAUAUGUUUCCCAAACCAGCGGUCGCGGCAGAAGCAGACUUGGAGAAGGGAGGGGUUAAUUCGAACUCUGCACCUAAGCCCGGCGGUGUCAACCCUGCAGACUUCCCGGAUGGAGGACUCGAAGCAUGGCUCGUUGUGGUAGGAGGUUGGUUAUGUCUGUUCUGCAGCUUUGGAUGGAUCAAUUGCAUCGGUGUGUUUCAGGAAUACUACCAGGUCCAUCUCCUCACCGGAUACUCCUCAAGUACGGUCUCAUGGAUCCCGUCUCUGGAACUUUUCAUGAUGUUCUUUGGCGGGCCCGUAUUCGGGAAAGUGUUCGACAACUUUGGACCAAGAUGGCUUCUCUUGUGCGGGACGUUCUUCCAUAUCUUCGGCUUGAUGAUGACCUCUCUCUCGAGACAAUACUACCACUUCAUCUUGGCGCAAGGUAUCUGUUCUGCUCUCGGCGCUAGCGCGAUAUUCUAUGCUGCCAUGAGCUCUGUGGGGACGUGGUUCUUCAAGAAUCGCGCGACUGCUUUCGGUACAAUGGCAUCUGGUUCAUCGUUGGGAGGAGUCAUUCUCCCGAUCAUGGUGUCGAAAUUGAUUCCGCGAAUUGGAUUUCCAUGGACAAUGCGAGCUGUUGCUUUUACGAUGUUCGGGAUGCUGGUUAUUGCCAAUUUUACUGUCAAGUCUCGCUUGACUCCGCAGCCGAAGAAGCUUGAUUUGAUGACAUUCAUCCGCCCGCUGAAGGAACCUGCCUUCUUUCUGCUCUGUGUGGCAUCAUUUCUGUUCUUCUUCGGGACUUUCUUACCCUUUAAUUACAUAAUCAUACAGGCACAAAGUCAUGGGAUGUCAACAAACCUAGCGAUAUAUCUUGUCCCUAUCCUCAAUGCUGCUUCAAUUUUCGGACGUAUCCUUCCAGGUAUCGUUGCAGACCGUAUCGGCCGCUUUAACGUUAUGAUAAUCACAACUGGUUUCUCAGCCAUUAUCGUACUGGCUCUCUGGCUUCCAUCAUCUGGCAACAUCCCGAUCAUCAUCUUCUGUGUCUUGUAUGGCUUCUCUUCUGGAGCAUUCGUUUCUAUGGGACCGUCGCUCAUCGCUCAAAUUUCGCCUAUCCGCGAACUGGGCACUCGAAACGGAACAUACUUCUUGUUCGUGGCCAUUGGCGGCUUGACUGGAAAUCCAAUCGGUGGGGCUUUGAUUGAGAGUGAUAAUGGAGGGUUCCAUCAUCUACAAAUUUUCUGUGGUGUAACGAUGGCGGUAGGCACUUUGUUUUACGUUGCUGCUAGAUGGGUGCAAGUUGGUUUUAAGCCGAGUGUGAUUUAAGAUUAAAAGCACCAUACAUCGAGUGACCGAAAGUUAGAAAAGGCACAACUGCCUUCGAAACGGAAAGAUAGACUCCAUUACUAAUCUCAUCUCCCAUGAAGCUGUUUAUCACCUCAUCAGUGCGUUUUAAUCCAUUGAGGUUUUCUGUAACGCCAUUCGAAAUUCCCCACCAAACGUAGCAUCUUUUCAGAUGUAUAUUAGAAAC